AGCUUCCCCUCCACCCCGUCCCCGUCUCGUGUCACUUGAAGGAUCGUGCCCCCACUGCACUUUAGUUUAAUCAUGACCUUCAACUUUGUAAAAAGAAUACACUCCCCCGCGGUAUCGCUAAUAUCCUCGUGCAGAAGCCGAUCCGAAUCGUACUCCGGCGCCCCUAUGUAAGUAUAAUAUUACAUGAUGCAUGAUCCAUCACCAUCACUUUUGUUCGAGUAUGUUGAAGCCUCGUUUCAUCACAUGCUAGAUCUCGGACUUCAGCGCCACCGAUAUGACCGUCCUGAUAUCUUCGUCUUCCAGUGCCAUUUGUGAAAAAAUCAUACUUAGUGGUUGGCAAUAAAACAAAGAACCGAAUGUACGGUGAUGCUGCCAAAACGGUCGUAACCGCGUCAAAAAUUGAAAACGGUCGUGCCCGGCGCGCAACCGCUGAUCCUUCUUCUUAAUCGUUCCUGCGACCACGGCGGUACUUGCACGACCUCCAGGUCGCUGCAUCUCGUCGCUUGACCAAGACCUUGACUCCCUCCGCUCCUGCCUCGACACGACGACUCGGCCAUCAACAUCAUGAGCAGCUCACCGAACAACCACUCGGACGGGCCACCGUCGCCGCACAAGCUGCUGCGACAGCGAUCCGAGUCGAAACGGAUGGAAGCUCGGGUUUCCGACCUACACCAGACGUUCCGAAGCGGAAAAACGCGGUCGUAUGACUACCGGAUCGCCCAACUGAAGGAGCUCCAGCGUUUUUUGACCGAGCAGGAACGAGAGAUCGUCGCCUGUUUGAAAUUUGACCACGGGCGGCAUUUCGUGGAGGCGCUAACGGGGGAAAUCAUCGCGGUCCAGCUUUUUCUGAACAAGGCCAUCGCGGAAUUGGAUGAAUGGAUGGCGCCGGUUAUCCUAUGUAAAAACAUUUCCAACCCAGAGUUGUCAUGCAGAUUUGCGAUUACAGGAACUGAACAUUUGUAAUGCGCAGACCCAAUAGAGGCAUUUUCAAUCGUGUUUUGGCAUUUGUAAUGCUGAAAACAGAAUGAGCAGAUGGAUUUGUGAUGCAAUUUCCGUUGCUAACCUAAACCUGCACUACACUACGGACUGCAACUUGGCAUGCGUGGCUCCCAAAACUUCUGGAUUUGUGUUGCUAAGUUCCCAACUACUUGACUACGGGGUGGGAGCGACGUUUUUACCCAGGAUACCGUUCCAUGUCCAAACGCCAGUUGAGUAUUGGUUCGGCAAUUCCUGGUACGAGUUUGAGCCGAAGGGGUAUCCUGAGUAAAAACGUACCCACACCAGAGUUGUGACGCAGAUUUGCAAAGACAGGAAGACUUGUAAUGCGCAUCCCCAUGAGAGCCAUUGGCAGUCGUGUUUUGGAAUUUGUGAUGCUGUGAACAGCAUGAGCAGAUGAAUCUGUGACGCGGCUGCACUUGCUAACUUGCACUACCUUACGGUCUGCAACUUGUCAUGCGUGACUCACAAAGCUCCUAGGUUUGUGGUGCAAAAUCCCCAUCCUGACUCUGGUGUGGGUACGUUUUUACUCAGGAUAAGGGGGUGGCUUUGGUCAUCGCCCCCUGGAACUACCCCAUCUGCCUCUUACUAGACGGUCUGAUCACCGCCAUUGCGAGCGGGAACUGCUGCGUGCUGAAACCAACCGAAGUCGCGGCCCAGAGCAGCAGUUUCCUCCUGCGGGUGCUGCCCGAAUAUGUUGACCCCGAGGCGGUGCUGGUGUUCGAGGGGGAUGCGAGCUUCACGCAGGCAUAUCCACGGUAUAAUUUCCUGUACGUGUUGUACUUGUACACUUCUAGUACACAUGUGGUUUCUGCAUGACAAAACUUUCUCGCUAUUCUAUUCAGCAUGACAAGUGGCAUGCUCUAGCGUCGUGAAAUUUGUGAUGCAUUUUGUACAUGUGCAGGAAGUUUGUAUUGCAUAAGGCGCUAUUGCAGUACAACCGUUUCGACCACAUCCUGUUCACCGGGUCGGAAGCCGUUGCGCGGAAAGUCGUGUCUAACAGCAACGUGUGCAGCAAUUUGACCCCGGUCACGCUGGAGUUGGGCGGAAAAAAUCCCGCCAUUUUCCUCCACGACGCGCUCUUUGACGGGGACGUGUAUUGUUCUGCAACAGCGGGGAGCAAGAACAACAAAACGAAGAACGACGACAAAUUCAAGGCGCUGUUGCGGCGCAUGUUGAAACAAAAGUUGCAGAACUGCGGGCAGGUCUGCAUGGCGCCAGACUACGUUUUGCUGCCGAAGAUUUUGUAUGAACUGCAAAAGUAUCACACUCGUAUAAAUGCAUUACAAAUUUCCUCAGCAUGAGAAAUAAAGUUUGUAAUGGGGAUCUGCCCUAAGAAAAAGAUUUGUAAUGCAUGACUGCAGUACGAGUGCGAUACUUUUGCACAGGAUAUUUUGCUGGAGGACUUUGUGGCCUGUGUAACCGACAUUGUGCAGAACGAGUUUUUUGCGAAAGACCUCAAGAUGUUAAACAAAAGCGGUUUGGACACGAGUCUCAGUUACGGCCGGGUGAUUAACGCAGACCAUCAGAAGAGGCUGCAAAAGAUGUUGGAGACAACAACGGGGAAGGUUAUAGACUUGUCUCAGCGUCGUACUCCUUCGGAGAAGACGGAUAACCCGCUAUCCCAGGAGUUGUCCUCUGCGAAGGAAAACAAAAACAGCAAAAACAGCUCGAAGGAAAAUAGCCAAGCGACAUUGUCCUCCUUCGGAGGCGGUGGAGAGCAGCCAUUCCAAGUGUCCUCUGCGUCCUCGGUUGCCUCUACAUCCGCGACCACUGUCCAGCUGCACCCAAACACGUCGGCCUCAGGGGCCGCAACGACAGCCAGUAGUAGCAAAGCUUCUACGGAAGUGGCCGCGUCCGCGUCGGCAAGAAGUACUUCUGCAAGCAAAGUCGCAAUAGUGAUUCCAACCACGACUGCAGAGGAAAUUGUAACUGCAGGUGGUACUCCUCCGGCUUCUAACAACACCAGCUCCACUACUUCCCCCGCCCUGCUCUACCACCCAACGUGCUGCUACUUUCCCUUCCACCUCGUGAUCGGCCCCAGCAUGGAGGACCCGAUUUUGAUAUGGCGUUCUCAACUGUUACAUUCUCAACUGAUACAUGGAUUUGUGAUGCAAGAAUGGGAAAAGUGAAAGGGGGGAGAUUGCGCCUGUAGCAUUAUAAAUGCCGCACAGAUUUAGCUGCCGUUUAGCCCUAGGCAAAUUUGUCAUGCGAAGCAGCUUGAUCGCGUGGAUGAGGAUGGUGCUUCUGCAUGCCAAAUUCAUGUCACAGUUGAGAAUGUAACGCUUGGGAGCCCUAUAUUUGAAGGACGAGAUUUUUGGCCCGUUGCUCCCGGUUAUCCUCUACGACGACGAUUUUUCGGCCGAUCAAGCUUUGGAAACGGAGCGGAAUUCCGUCGAGACUGCCUCCGACCGGCUGGAACGGCUUUCCGCCGAGAUUGCGGGUCUGAUCCACCAGAUCCACGACAGUCCGCUCAACACAUACGUGUUUGGCUACGACGAAGCUCUGAUUUCAGCGGUAAAACAAAUGCAUCAAUCGGGCGCCAUGAUGCAGAACGCGCCGUUGUUCUAUUUCGGUCACGAAAAUCUGCCCUUCGGCGGCAUCCGGCGUUCGGGGUGCGGGCGCGUGCACGGACGGUUUGGAUUUGAGGAGCUCAGCUACAAAAGGAGCUUCUUCCGCUACCGACAAGUGCUGCCGAAGCAGUUGGAGUUACUGCCGCCGAUUCAGCCGCCGUUUGACACGGGUUUUUUAAAGAAGCUCGCACCGGUGCUCCUGAAAACGGUUCGAUACUUGGCUCCAGUGAGAGCCUGGUGGACGCGGUGGGUGCUACGGGGGGCCUUUGCGGACCUGCAAGAGUUGGGGCUCGCUGCUUUCAACGGCGGAUCCUGGUCCUCGGGCCUGACCGGCGCUGCUCCCUCGAACAGGAUGCGCGUGUUUACAGUGUUUCUGCUCAAACUCCUCCUGUCUUGGUAUCUUGUAGAGCGAGUGUUGCGCGUGCUGCGUGGUCUCAAGACCGGUCGACAAAUCCUCGGCGCAAUCCGAUACUAUUUUGCUGCUGGUCAACAUUUAAGAUCCUUGAAGUAA